AUGGCGCCCAACACAGAAAAGAGCCCGGCGAACUACGUUGACCUUUCAAUUUAUGUGAAUGGCGAACGCCUCUCCCCGGAAACAUCUACUCCACAGAGAUCUGCUCGGGCUUUGCAGCAAGAUGAACCAUUCUUCUUAAGGAAUGCAAAGGAGCAGGACUUCACAGAAGUAGAGUUGAGACUGCAUCGGUUGAGGGACUUCACUGUCGUGAGGCAGUUGGGUGAAGGAAGAAGCGGCAAAGUAGAAGAGGUCGUUGACGAGAGGAGCGGCAAGAGAAUGGCACGAAAACGCUUUUUUGUCCCUGAUUUUCGCGGGAAAAGGGCCGUCGCACAGAUCAACCAGAUCAAAGGCGAGAUUCUCAGCCUCAAACGACUCUCUCACCCGCAUAUUGUUCGAUUUGUGAGCUGCCACCAGCAGAAAGAGAACGCGAAACAUCUCAAUGUAUAUCUGCUCAUGCAACCCGUUGGAGAACACGAUUUGCAGACGUUCAUGGCCCUUGUUGACACACUCGAGCCAGCGGUGUUUGACAAGAGCUGGAUCAAGCAGUGGUUCAUGUGUCUUCUAUCAGCGCUCGCCUACAUGCACUCGCAACACGUUCACCACGACGAUAUCAAGCCGAGCAACAUCAUAUGUCGGAGAGGCCGGGUAUACUUUACCGACUUCAGUUCGUCCCGGCGGGUAGAAUCAGGCGAGGAAACCUCCACAACAAGCCCAGCAAUCGCAACUCGACUCUUCGCUGCUCCCGAGUCCUUCCGCAGCGACGAAAAUGAGCCUUUGUCUCAUGGCUCGAAGACGGACGUUUAUGCCCUUGGCCUUGUCUUUGUGGAACUUCUUGUGGUCCUCGGGAGCGGCACGAUUGCUGCUUUCCGCAACGAGAUGUUCCAAGACUAUACACACUUCAUGAGGCAAUACCACCGCGUUACACAUAAAUUCAGGAGUGCUCUUGAGGGUGGAUGGGACACUGAGAGCCGUAGAUUCUACGAGCGUUUCUGCGAGCCCAUGCUGCAAAAGCGUCGUAAUGGUCGACCAAGCGCGAGAUAUCUGUUCGCAAAACUCAAGCAACAGCCAAGAGCUAUUGGUGUCAUGAGGUGUUGCUGUAGGAUCCAGAAUGAACGACAGAGUUGGACGGAAAAUGAGUCUGAAGUGGAUGUCGAAGAUGGGACCAAUGAAAAAGAUACUGGGAGCGAGAAUACUGGAACGAGUGAUAAGUUAACUAAAGCAGAGAGCGACUCGGACUCGGAUUGGGUGUAUCUUAAAUUUCGUGACCUCUUUUAG